AUGUCUCGAUACCCCACUACCCCUCAAAGUCAAUUCGACAAUCAGUCUAUUGGUCUUUCAAGUUAUCAGCGUUCCGAAACAAGGCCUUCUCCAUCAUCUAGGUCUCAACCUACCACAUCAUCAAAUAAUUAUCCCUCCUCAAAUACGGGUAGCUCUGCCCCUGACCCCGAACAAAGUCGUCGUACUGCUCGAAUACAUUAUGACCAAUUGAAUGGCUGGCUCUAUCAGGGCCAGGGCAGUAACUCAAAAAGCUCUCAGAACCGAACCAAUCCUCGUGACAAGCUCACUCGUCUGACUCGUCAACAGUUUCAAGAACUAAGUACUGAUGUAUACGAUGAACUUUGUCGAAGAAUCGAACGCGGAGAACAGGAUGGUGGCGAAGGCAAAGGAGGAUCCCCCUUUUUGCUCUCCCGAGAUGAAUAUCAUCCCAAACGUAACCAAGCUCGACAGAAAUUAGCUACCCUUCCUCGUUCGAGAUUCAAAGAUUUGGCAAGUGAUGUAUUCUUUGAACUGGAACGUCGAUAUCCUGAAUUCCUUGAACCCGAGUUCGCCCCAACUCCCCCACGCAACAAUUAUCCCAAUUCUCAAGCUAGUAGUAACAAACCUCCCUCAGAUCCUCGACACAGACUGCCACCCAAUCCUUCACAGGCAUCUUCGUCAUCCAAGCCACCCCUUCGCCCUCUCCAGCCUAGUAACGGUGUAGCUGGUGGUGUACUUGCAAACGAUGUGAUUGUACCCGACAAAUCUACGUUUGUGAUGGAUCAAAAUGAGGCUUAUGACGAUGCAUCGUCCAUACGGUCCGGUCCGUCAAAAUUGUCCCUCAAAUCUAAUCCACUAUCGUCGGAGCGCGAAAGGGAUAAUCAGCGAGAGAGAGACCGACCACCUGAGACGGCAUCGACUGAACGGAGCGAUUACUUUGGCGUUGGUAACAGUAGUAAACGUGGUUCAGGCAGUCUAUCAUCAUUGAAAUAUAUAUCCAACAAGAGCCUUCCUUCUGAACCUCGCUCACCGGUUAAAGAUAGAUCCGGUAGCAUUAGGUCGACUCAUGAAUAUGAACGACGGAUCUCAGUUAUGCAAACCAAGAUCAAGAACCUUGAACAAGAGCUUGAACAGACCCAACGGCUGACGGAAAUGCGCGCUGAAGACUCUGAAAGGAUCAGUGAUCUAGAAGAACAGCUGACUACUAUGAAAGAGCGAUGUGCACGUCAGAGGGAAGAGUUGAAGGAACUUGAAGACAACCUAGAAGACCAAAGAAACUCAAACUCAAGAGAGAUGCAACUGGCGAACGAAGAAAUUAGUCGUUUGAAACAAGAGAUUGGAGACUUGGAACGAGAGAAUUCUAGGGCGGCUAACAAGCCAUCAUUAGCCAGUACAGCCAUUGUUGAUCGAUUAAAGGACGAAGUGAAGGAUCUGUUAAACGAGUUACGACAAUUGCAAAUCAAACAAGACGAAUUGGUAGCAGACCGGGAGGCGGAUCAAGAAACAAUACGUGAAUUGGAAGAAGACGUCACGUUCAACAAAAAACGAUAUGAAGCCGCCAAGACCGAAUUACGCCAUCUGAAACGUACAUCGGUACUUCAUGCUACCAAGAAUUUUAUCCCCAGCGAACGUUUUCCGGUCACUGGGAACGGUGCCAUUGCAGAUAUCCACUUUACGGCUUUUACAUCAUCGAUCGAUGAACUUUUACAGGCUGGUCGAUCAAAUGGCAACAAUGAAGUCAUCACCGCUAUGCGAACGGUUAUCACAGCUGUCGGUACCGUAGAUGAAGACAUUCAACAGUUUGAAGCCAAUAUAUCACGGACUAAUUCACUAUCAUCAGAAGAUCGAGACAAACUUGAAGGUCUUAAAGCUCGUAUUAAUGCUACCCUUAGCAACCUUAUCACGGCGGCAAAGAAUCAUGUUGUGAGCUUGGGUUUGUCACCGAUCAGCUUGUUAGAUGCGGCAUCAAGUCAUCUGAGUUUUAGUAUGAUUGAAUUGGUCAAGUUGGUUGGGAUGCGGAAAGCUAAUACAAUGGAGGUUGAACGUUAUGAAAACUAUCAUUCUAACGGUCGACAGGAUGAAGAUGAUGAUAGUUUAUCAAUCCUUGCUUCUCAAACUCAAUUUUCACAUCUGAACAAGAAUGGAAAUGGUUCUAUUGACAAGAAUUCAAAUAAGCCAUCUCUCAAAAUCAUUAGAGACCAACAAAAGGAAGAUACCAAAUUAACAUCUUUAAGAUCACCAUUUCCUCUGAAACCUCUUCAUAUUCGACCUGACGAGAAUCGAUUUCCUGAUACUCGUCAGCCUGUCACACCUCCUAAAACACCUUUUAAAAACAUUCGAGACCUUCAAUCUGCUUAUGAUGGUACUACUUCACCUGAAGCUGGACAUCGUUCACAGCAAUCAGCUUCGAUUAGCAAACUUGGAAGUAAAUACGAAGCUAUACGAUCACCUAGUGGAUUUGAUGGUAGUAACGAAUCUGAUUUAAGAGAUUCGGCUUCUGGUUCAUCUACCACUAAUCUUGAAAAAGUUUUUGAUUCACCUCCACGUCGAGCUAAUGUUGAGAUCAAUCCACUUCCAACUUCUAAUGGUACAUCAAGAGGCUUAGCUCAAUAUGAAGAUUCAGAUGUAAAAGAUAUCAGUAACUUUGGAUUAGGAGUCUCAAGGGCUGAGGAUGAGGAACGAGAGAAAUUGAAAGCAUAUCUCGAAACUCAAACCGAAUCGAUUGUAGCAUAUAUUCAAACUUUAUUAUCAGCCAUUAGAGGAGGAGGAGCACAAGGAAGUCAAGCCUUGACUGAAAACUUAACUCAAAUCAUUACGAUCGUUUCAUCAAUUGUGGCCAUGACAACAGAUUCAUUACCUCCUAAACCUGAAACCGAUCGAAUCUUGAAUGAAUUAUCAAAUAAUUGUAAUAGGUUAAGUGAAAUGCAAGAGAUUAGUGGAUCUACUAUUUUUACUAAACAAACUAAACAAGCUAUGGCUGCUGCUAGUUUUGGUGUGGCUAAAGCUUUGAAGGAAUUGAAUUCAUAUAUUGCUGGUGAUGAUGUAACUUCUGUACUUUAAAUGAAAUAAUUAAAUGAAACACCAAAAAAAACAUUGAAAGAAAAAAUGUCAUAUAUAUAUAUAUAUGUUUUAUUGAAUGUGUGUGUGUUUUUUUCAUAAAAAAGAUUUUAUCAUCUUUUGUUCAUCUUUUUUUUCCCUACCUGUGAACUUUCCUUUUUUUUAUUAAAUUCUAAUGAUCAUCAUAUUAAAUUUAACAAAUCAUCCAUUUUUCU